AUGGCCACUGCAGCAAGGAGUCCAAGUGAGAAGAGGCCUGGGGGGAAGGCCAUGCCUGGACGCUUCCUCUCCCAGUUGGCAGCCGCACUGGACAAUCCAACCAUCAAGGCGCUGGAGUGGGACGAGGAUGGGCAAGGAGUGGUCGUGAACCCCAAGCUGUACGACGAAGAGGGUCAGAAGCACAAAGAGCUCUUUCCGGAGCUGAAACCCCUGCGAUCUGUCUCCGUGCUCCAGGCGUGGCUGCUGACCUCCGGCUUUAAAGCAAAGGCAGCAAAGGCUGAUUCUGCAGUACACGUUUUCCAGCACACCGACUUCAGGAAGCUUCCUCCCAAGGCGGGGGAGGUGGACAGUCCCCUCUCUACCAGGCAGCACAAGAAAGCCAAGAAAAGGAAAAGCUCGUCAGACCUCACAGCCAGCCCAGCAGCGGCUCUGCCCCCGGACACGCUGCGCACGGACAGGAGACCACAGCGCCUGCGACCCUUAUACCAGUACAUAAAUUACGACAACCCGGAGAUGAACAGCCCUUCGGAGGACGAGAGCGACACAACAGAGACAGCUGCAUUGGGGGAGGCUGCUGGAGCCCCAGACAAGGCAAACAUUGAGGAGGCAGAGGGGUCUCACCAAGCAGGAGCGAAAAGUGAUAAUGCAGAAAGUUGCUCCCCAGGAACUCCACCCCAGGCAGAGGUCGACAAGUCAAUGCAAGUCGACAUCGACAAGAUGCUAAGUGUCUGUGCAGCUCACUUGGUGCCACCGCUCUCACCACAGUAUAAAUAA